ACUGAAAGUCAAAGCAAAAGACUAGCUGUGCAAGGUUGGUGAGUGCUAGUGACUUUGCAAGUGCCACAUGUCGUCAUGUUGACAAACACAACACAGCUGUUGCUGCUACUUCUGCUGUCGCUGCUGCUAUUGUUGGACUGGCGCCUCGUAAAUGGUGCCACGGCCACCUGGGGCCAGGUCAACAAAUACGCCAGCACCCUUUACACACAAGACGUUUACCUGACGCGUGCCAACAGAACCACGGAUGUUGCAUAUGACUUACAGAAUGCUGGUGCAAGUGAUACACGAUAUAUGAUAACAGCGGUGCAUGCCUACGAUCUGACACCGCAGGAGGUGAACGGAGGCGAUGGUGGUGCAGCGGAGCUGAUAAACGGUGGCGUUGGCCAACAGCAUGCCACAGUUCGUGUCCUGAGGCACAGGGCAGUCGACCAGUUGCACUUUCAGUUGGUCAUUUUUGGAAUUGACCUGUGAGAUUGUCGAAAUGUCUCGUAAUUUAAUUAAGUUCAAAUUAAACUGUGAAUUCAACGUUACAAAGUUCCUCCUUCAAAAUAACUGCGACGACGACAAUGAUGACGAUGACGUCAGACAACAACUAACUAAAUUUAAAUAAUGUCACA